AACGCUCUUUUCACGUUACUCUCAAGUUUCAGUGCGCUUCCUCUCUACCUUUUCUUCCGCUGCCAGCGCCUUCUUUUCACGGGAAACAGACAAAGACUCCAAUGGAAAAAGUGGCCGAAACGCCAUUGAGAAGUCCUGAGCAAGCAGAAAACACCCUCUUAGAGCUCAAAACUCCCCUUCAGAAUGGGCAAACUGAUGAGCAAAUUCCGCAGGAAUCAGGCAAUGAGUUGAAGAAAACCAAUACCCCAGAUCGGCUUAAAGUGCCUAAGGCAUUUAAGUACACCGAAAGGUAUAGAAGCCCUACUGAUUCAAUGAUGUCACCAGUAUCAAAAGGAUUGCUUGCCAGAAACAGAAAGGGAGCUGUACUUUUGCCGCCUAGCAUAAGUCAGCCCAAGAUUCAGGAAUUGCUUGUUCAAGAAGUGGGUUUGUUUCAAAAUUGACCGUAGUGGAUAAGAGAGUUGAAUGAUCAGAUGGAUUCUUGAACCUGAUGAAUUUAUCUGCUGUCAAAUGGUGGUGGAUUGUUUGUAAAACAGGAAGAAGGUUUAUGGGUUAUGAAGAGUCUAUUGUUUACAUUUCACUGGAUGUGUUAAUGUGAUUUUUCCUCAGCUUUUUUGCAAUUUGAAUCAGUACUUCUGUUAUAAAAAAGGAAAACUUCUUUCA